UUCAGAUAAUACUCAGAAAUGUCAACUUGUACUACAUCAGUGCGUGACAUCUUCAAGGAAAGGAAACUGAAAUUGCCAUUCAUUGUCUCUCUCUUUCUUCUCAUUUUCUUCCUCACCUUUCUCCUCAUCUCAAACUCUCAGAAAUCUCCACUCUACACAGCCACCGACAUCUCCCUGACCGGACCCGAUUCCAAAGCCGCUGCAAUCCCGUUUCCUUCUGCUCCAAGCCCUCUUCCACCUCCCUCACUACCGCAGCACCCGCCUGAUUCCAUCUCGAUCGGCGGUCAUGAGAAUGUUGCCGGCGAUUCCGAUUCUGAUCCGAUCCAGUGGAAGUUGUGUGACGGUGCGGUGGCGGUUGAUUACAUACCUUGCCUUGAUAAUUGGAAAGCUAUAAGCGCAUUGAAGUCGAGGAGGCACAUGGAGCAUCGGGAGCGGCACUGCCCCAACCCCACUCCCCGGUGUUUGGUUCCACUUCCGGCUGGUUAUCAGGUUCCCGUUCCGUGGCCCAAGAGCAGGGACAUGGUGAGAUUGUUAUCUUUUUGGUGGUAUGGUAUAACAAUGUGCCACAUCCUAAACUUGUGGAUUACAAAAAGGACCAGAGAUGGGUUGUCAAAUCUGGGGAUUAUUUUGUUUUUCCUGGUGGGGGAACUCAAUUCAAAGAGGGGGUGAACCACUAUGUUGAAUCUAUAGAGAAGGCUUUACCAAAAAUUAAAUGGGGAAAAAACACAAGAGUUGUUCUUGAUGUUGGCUGUGGUGUUGCUAGUUUUGGUGGGUUUUUGCUGGAUAAAAAUGUGAUUACAAUGUCAUUCGCACCGAAGGAUGAACACGAGGCUCAAAUACAGUUUGCACUUGAACGGGGAAUCCCAGCUACACUCUCAGUGAUUGGAACUCAAAAGCUUCCAUUUCCAGACAAUGGGUUUGACUUGAUUCAUUGUGCGCGUUGCAGGGUUCACUGGGAUGCAGAUGGUGGGAAACCAUUGAUGGAGCUAAACAGAGUUCUUAGGCCUGGAGGGUAUUUCAUAUGGUCUGCCACUCCAGUAUACCGGGAUGAUGAAAGAGAUCGUCAAGUUUGGGAAGCCAUGGUUUCUCUGACUGCAGCACUAUGCUGGAAGGUAGUGAUGAAGACAUAUGAUAAAUCUACUUCAAUUGGGAUGGUUAUAUAUCAAAAGCCCACUUCACCGUCCUGUUAUAAGGGGCGUCAAGAAAACAAUCCUCCUCUUUGUGAUCAGACAAGUAGACUAAAUAGUUCAUGGUAUGCACGCCUUGACAGCUGUCUUCCACAACUUCCCAUAACUAGCAAUGGAAAUUCAUUCAAGUGGCCUGUACCCUGGCCUAUGAGGCUCAGCAACAGACCUUCAAGCCUGUCUUUAGUAGGUGAUGAUGAAGAGACUUUCAAUAAGGAUACCAAACACUGGGAUGCACUUCUCUCUGACGUUUACCUAGGAGGACUUGCCAUAAACUGGACAGGCGUUCGGAAUGUAAUGGAUAUGAAUGCCGGUUAUGGAGGGUUUGCUGCAGCAUUAGUUAACUUGCCGUUAUGGGUAAUGAAUGUUGUUCCUAUUAGUGGGCCAGACACGUUACCUAUUAUAUUUGAUAGAGGGUUGAUUGGAAUAUAUCAUGACUGGUGUGAAUCCUUCAACACCUAUCCUCGUACAUAUGAUCUUCUACAUUCAAGUUUCCUCUUUGGAAAGUUAGCUCAAAGAUGCAAUAUAAUAGACAUGACAGUGGAGGUGGAUAGAAUAUUGAGACCAGGCGGGAUACUUUUGGUCCAAGACAGCAUGGAUUUGAUCAAUAAGCUUAGCCCAAUUCUACACUCACUCCACUGGUCAGUAACUAUAACCCAGCAACAGUUUCUUGUUGGCAAGAAAGGCUUUUGGCGUCCACAUGAAAAGACCAGAUUAUAGAAACGACACUCACACCCUCAUAUUAACUUUUUUUAUUUGUAUUCCAUGGGAAGGUAUCAAUCCCAUAUAUUCACAUACAAGAAUGAUUGAGAAGCAAAAAGAGGAGCCAACAUAUAUUUCGAUACACAUUUAUUAUUUGUGUAAGGCUGUAUUCAAACCAGCUCUUUUGUGGUUCUUAAUCUGGUUCGAUUGCUGCUGGUUGGAAACCAGAUCUUCAAGUUACUUUGAAUUCAAAAAAGAUUUAAUUGGCCACUCUUGGCUUAUUUUGGGGAACAUCCUGAUAUUGUGGUUUACAACUAUAAAACCGACCGCUUCUAGUCCGGUCUCAUACUUUCAGUUUGACUGUUGUCAUGCCAACAACAAAAUAUUGCAAUGCGUCUACUUAAUACUCC